GGAAAAACACGGAGGAACCCCAGGAUGUGAUCCUUCCAACCUACUUCCUCUAACCACCAUUGGCCACAAUUUUCAAUCCUCGACCCAACCACCCGUCGCUUUAGCUUUACUGCUACUCCAUGACCUAUAAAAUAAUAACCUCCCCGUAAGAAAAGACCCAGCGCGACUCACCUGCCUUCUUCUCGAUCACUUGAUUGAAGUCUUCAUCCAUUCUGUUGUUUCUCUCAUCAUUCUCUUGUUUCUUUCUCGUCCUUGAUUUCAGACUCUCUCUCUCCCUGUGCCCUGAGUCCAAUGGGCACCACCACAACACUCCCUCCUUUGGCCACGGUGAAGCACUUACACUACAGGGGGAAGCUACCUCUUUCUAUUACAACCGUCGUGAUCUGCACUCUCGCGUUCAUCGGUCUCAUGUACUCCAAAACGAUCAGCCCCUUCACUUCCAAGCUCAAGUCCUGCUCUAAAAGAGACUCCUUAAUUUCAAGAUCCGGUGAAAGGGACGGAGAUAAAAGUGGUUACGACCCGGAAUUGGAUGACAGGUUCGAGUUCGACCCCGAGGAGUGCAGCGUGGUGAACGGAAAAUGGGUGUUCAACAGCUCGUACGAGCCUCCCUACACGGACAGAAGCUGCCCGUAUCUCGACUGGCAAGUCUCAUGCGUCAAGAACGGCCGGCCUGAUACCGAUUAUCAGCGCUGGCAAUGGCAGCCUGACGACUGUCUAUUGCCCCUAUUCGACCCAGAGAAAGCACUGAAGAAACUUCGUGGGAAGAGAUUGAUGUUCGUAGGAGAUUCACUUCAAAGAGGGCAAUGGCAAUCCUUCGUGUGUUUGGUGGAGUCCAUCAUACCAGAAAACCAGAAGUCCAUGAAACGAGGUCGGGCACAUUCAGUCUUCAAGGCAAAGGAAUACAAUGCUACAAUCGAGUUCUACUGGUCGCCAUUUCUGGUGGAGUCCAAUUCCGAUCUGCAUAUCGUAGGCGAUCCGAAGAAGAGGAUUCUGAAGGUGGACUCAAUCAUGAAGCAUGCGAAAUACUGGACCGGGGUCGACAUCCUCGUCUUCAACAGCUACGUUUGGUGGAUGACCGGACUCAGGAUCAAGUCACUAUGGGGUUCAUUCGCCAACGGCGAAGAAGGGUACGAAGAGCUGGACCUGCCGGUUGCUUAUAGAAUCGCCUUGAAAACAUGGGCCAACUGGGUUGAUUCCACCAUCAAUCCGAACGAAACCCGGGUCUUCUUCACCACUAUGUCCCCGACACACAUGAGAAGCGCGGAUUGGGAUCACAAGGAUGGCAUCAAGUGCUACAACGAAACAAAGCCGGUGAUGAAGAAGAACCACUGGGGAACCGGCUCCGACAAGAGGAUAAUGAAGGUGGUGUCCAGCGUGGUGGAGAAAAUGAAGGUCCCCGUCGCUUUCAUCAACGUCACGCAGCUCUCCGAGUACAGGAUCGACGGCCACUCGUCGGUCUACACCGAGACGGGAGGUAGCUUGUUGACGGACGAGCAAAAAGCCGACCCGCUCCAUCACGCGGAUUGCAUACAUUGGUGCUUGCCCGGUAUCCCGGACACUUGGAAUCAAAUAUUGUACGCGCACUUGUAAGCAUGGGUAUGGGAUCCAUGGCCCAAUGUCCAUGUGUUCCCAUGACCAGAUAUUGUACGAGCUCGAUGGCCAUAGAUAGCGGUCGGAGAUUGCGGGGCGGCGGCCGGUGGCAGUGCAUGGUGGUGGGUGGAGGAGGGAGUUGGGCUUUGUGGUGGGUGUUGGUGGCUUUGGGAACUAGAGAGCAAGCGGAUUGAGGGGCGCGAGGGUUUGAGUGCUUGAUUUUUUUCAAAAGAGUGAGGGCAAUUUGAUCUCAUUGUUUUGCAAA